AUGAAAGUCUUUCUAUCAUUAUUCGUUAUUUAUUUCUUAGCCAUCAAUAUUCAAAUUAACAAUGCAGAGAUCGAUUGUACCAUCUAUGCCAAUGAUCUUAAAAUUAUUAAUCUAAAUCCAUUUUAUGUUUCACUUAAUUUUUAUCCUUCAUCUACAUCCAUAAAGCUCAAUUAUGAAUCACAAGUUACAGAUUUCAAUAUAUUUAAUAAUGUUAAUCCAUCUUCAAAUAUAUAUUGUUUGAAAAAUUUAGAAAAUCUUCAAUUAGUAAAUACAAAUCUAACAAUAUUACCUGACAUAAAAAAUUUUCAAAAAUUAACAUCAUUAUUAAUUCAAUCGGAUAAUGGUAUUAUUGGUCAACAUUUACCAUCGGAAUUAGGAGAAUUAAUAUCUUUAUCAUAUUUAAAAUUAUUUGAUAUUAAAAAUCUUGAAGAUUUACCAAAUGAAAUUGAUCAUUUAAUUCAAUUACGAAUAUUAAUGUUACAGAAUAUUCCAAAUUUUAAUAAAAUACCUGAUGAAAGUAUGGGUAAAUUAAUUAAUCUUAGGGUUUUAAAUUUAAUUGAUUUACCAAAUUUAUCGACUAUUCCAUCAACAAUAAAAAAUUUUCAAUCAUUAAUACAAUUUGAAAUAACUAAUACAAAUAUUAAAAAUUUAGAAUUAGAAAAUCUUCAUGGAUUAUCUACUUUAACUAUAAAAUCUAAUUCAAUAUUACAAACAAUUGAAAUUGUUAAUAUGUUACUAUUAGCUUCCAUUCAAAUUCAAAAUAAUAAUGAAUUAUUAACAUUAAAAUUUCAAAAUUUAUCUUCAUUAUCAUCAUUAACAAUGUCAUCAAAUUCAAAAUUAACUUCUUUAGAUAUGGAAAAUAUAUCAAUUCUUCAAACAAUUUCAUUAAGUGAUAAUAAACAAUUUAAAAUAGCAACAUUCAAAAAUUUAUCUAAUUUAAAUAGUAUUAAUUUUUCAUUUUUAGCUAAUUUUGAAUCAAUUUCAUUUGAAAAUACACCAGCAUUAUCAACUGUUAGUAUAACAGCAAGUAGUCUAUCGAAAAAUAUUUCAUUUCUUAAUGUACCAUCAAUUAUAAAUCUUGAUUUAUCUGGAUGUCAAUUAACAACUUUUCCAGAAAGUAUUUUAACAUUAAAAUCUUUAGUCAAUUUAAUUUUAAAAGUAAAUCAAUUAUCAACAUUACCAUUAACAUUAUCAACUGAUUUACCAAAUUUACAAGUUCUUGAUUUAUCGAGAAAUAAUUUUCAAGGAAAUAUUUUUCAACAAUCACCAUUAAUUUAUCUUCGUGAACUUUAUUUAAGUAAUAAUUCUUUGGUAUCUAUCGAUGGUAUUGGAGAAUAUGAAUCUUUACGAAAUUUAGAUUUAAAUUAUAAUAAAAUUUUAUCAAUUCCACUUGAAAUUAUGGAAUUAUCAUCAACAUUGAAUACAUUAACAAUUAAUUAUAAUCAAUUGCAUAGUAUUCCAUAUCAAAUGACAAAUAUGAGAGGAUUAACCUCACUUAUAGCCACCUAUAACAAUAUUUCGGAUAGUGAACGACAAUAUCUUUAUCAAAUAUUUAAUCCAACAACUAUACAAUUUAUUAUUUAA